AGUAGGCGCAUACUCGUUAUGCGCUCUACGUGAUCUGGCCUACCACAUAGCGUCCAGUAAAGGGCUUUCCCUUCGUGUCAUCAGCACGAUCUCGAACUGCAGCCACAUUUGGUGGCUCCAGAGAGGAUCUUUCCUCCAGCGUAAUCAGCACGAUACCCUGCAGCCACAUUUGGUGGCUCCAGAGAGGAGUCUUUUCCUAAAGACACUGUACGAACUCACAACACGCUCGGUUGAGUUGAGAAUCCUGUUAAAUUGAUUUGCGCCCGUCGUUGAACGGAGAGGUUCGGUCUUGUAAAGACGAACAAGGUGAGGUUGUCUGUGGACAUCACCAUUUAGCCAAGAGGCAAAUUGCGCAUUUCAAGAAACAGAAAUUGGGUCCUGAAAGACGGACAAAUUAGGCCGUAGAAAUCGGCAUCUUGUUGAAACAAGUCCAGCUUUAUAAGCAAACCGAUCGCCAGUCAGGCAUAGUUGGACGAAGGCAACCAGGCGCCUCGUCAACAUCAACUGUAAUCCGGUCACGAGGGCCGGAAGACGAACAUUGAUCAACGUUUGAAGUACUAAAUCAGCGUAGGCAACUAGGCGCCACGCUUGGUUUGAGACAAGGCUAAGGCAACCAGGCGCCUCGCCACUUGCGCAUCAUAAGACAGUUUAAACAUCGAGAGACGGCAACCAGGCGCCUCACAAACAAAAUGACAUCAAGCUUCACGAAAUCAUCACGCCCAUGCUGUGAGGCAUGUGGCAAGAAAAUUGAACCAGACAAUCUGGUCCAAUGCAGAAAGUGCAAAAGGAAUUAUCAUUAUUCCUGUGCGGGUCAUACACCCACCGAAGAAGAAACCUAUUUAAUAUGCUUGCUUUGUUCCCCUACCAAAACAAACGAAAGUGAGGGAAAGGCACAGGCAUUAGCAGCACCUCAUCCCUCAACUAAAACCAGGGAACAGAAACAAAUAGAAGAUCUGACGAGUCUAGUUACACAACUAACAGAGAUGCAUGUUAGCGAACGCAACAACAUGCUAAAUCUAAGAGGUGAAAUAGCAACAUUGCAGGCUUCAUUCAACACUUUAGUCGUGGGUACGACGACAAUAGCAACACAGCAACAAACAGAAUUACCAUGCUCUCCGGCACAAGCGCAGUCAACUGAACCCCUAAUCAAUAUUUCCGGGCAACACCGCGAUCGAGCAACGAUGCAAACUCCACUUCCACUGAGAUCCGGUCCAUCAAUUGGCUGGGAGCAGAGUGCAAUGAUGCCAGCUCCUCAGCACGGAGACUUUACGAUUCUAAUGAAGAGGCAAGCUUUGACUCCCUUGCCAAAAUUCAGCGGGUCGCCCAAAGAUUGGGCUAAAUUCAAAAGGAUCUACGAAGUCAGCACGAGAGAAUGUGCGUUUUCCAAUCAUGAAAAUCUCUCCAGACUUGAAGCUGCCCUUGAAGGACGCGCAGCUAGAAGCGUGCAGCAACUAUUUAUAAACUCGGAAAAUGUUCCGAGUAUAAUAGAGAGACUAGAGGAAAAUUUCGGAAACCCUAAAUUCAUAUAUGAGGAACUACUGCACGAUCUACAGAAGCUUAAAAGAGAAAGUAGAUCAAUAAUAAUCGAAAUGUCAGAUGCUUUAGAAAAUAUGGUGGCAAACAUGACGAUCAUAAAUCAAAGAGGUUACCUACUAGAUGCGAGGUUAAUAGAAGACCUAGUUAAGAGACUACCUUACAACCUGCAAAUAGAAUGGACACGCCAUAGAAUGAUGACUGGUGAUGCCCCAUCUUUAGAAGAAAUGAGUAACUGGCUGAAACCUCACGCCAAAAUAAUGAGGAAUAUGGCUUCUCCUCUACCUUCUACAGUUAGAAGCCAGAUACACGUCCAUCAAGAAAUGCCACGCAUGAAGUGUCCGGUUUGCUCGAAUAUACAUAAAAUCUUCGAUUGCACGGAAUUUAAGAAAUCAAACAUCCAGAAGAGAUGUCGAUUGGCAGUACAAUGUAAAAUAUGUUUCGGAUGUCUAGGCACCGGACAUAUGGUUAAAGAUUGCAGACGAUCCAGGAGGUGCGGCUUGAGUGGAUGUAACAAACACCACCACAGAAUGUUACACUCGAAUCCAGACAUGGAACCAACACCUCGUAAUACGUCCGCUACAGUUCCGCUUGAAGCCAACUGCCACAUCCAUAAGUCCUUAGCAAAUGAGAAGUACUAUCAAGUCAUUCCGGUAACACUUCAGAAUGGAAGCCAUUCAAUUGAUACAUAUGCCUUCCUGGACACAGGGUCCUCCCUGACAUUGCUGGAUGAGGAAAUGGCAAACUCCUUAGACCUUCACGGAAGAGAAGAACCCCUUCAACUGAAAUGGACACAGGACGUGUCUCGAAACGAAAUUAACAGCAGAAUAGUCCGAGUUCGCAUUCAAGGGUCUUCCAGAAAGUCGUAUCGACUUGACGGUGUAAGAACCAUUAAGAACCUACAACUGCCGACUCAAACACUGGACUACAAGGCAAUGGCUACGAAAUAUCCUCACUUGAAAGACCUUCCAAUAGAAGACUAUGAGCUUGCAAAGCCAACAAUUCUCAUAGGGCUAAAUCAAAGCCACUUACUCACCGCGAUGGAAACAAGGAAGGGAGGAACCAGGGAACCAAUAGCUAUCCGAAGUAAGCUUGGAUGGUUUAUAUUCGGAACCACAGGUUCAAGCAGUCAGAACGAACAUGUAUUAUUACAUCACGAUGAAAUCCUAAGAAAUAUGUUAAAAAAUUAUCUCUCCACUGAAGAUUUUGGAGUCAAGAUCGUAGAGGAACUUCCGGAAGGGAAGGAGAAGAAGCGUUCCAAACAAAUUCUAAUUGAAACACUAAAACGGAAGGAAGGCAGAUACGAAGUUGGACUACUAUGGAAGGACGAUCAAUUCUCUUUCCCAGAUAGUUAUGCCAAUGCAUUCAAUAGACUACGAACAAUGGAGAAAUCGCUAGAGAGAAACAAGCAAACGAAAGAAUGGGCAAUUAAUACAUUCAACGACUAUCUUAGUAAGGGAUAUAUAAGAAAGCUGUCGCAAGCAGAGCUAGCGGAACCACGACAAACAAUAUAUUAUUUGCCGCACUUUAUAGUUACGAAUAAAAAUAAGAAUCCUCCUAAGCAUCGAUUAGUUUUCGACGCUGCCGCAAAGACGCAAGGUGUGUCAUUAAACUCUGCAUUACUAUCAGGGCCGGAUGCCACGACAUCCUUAUACGGGAUACUUCUACGCUUUAGAGAAAAAAAAAUCGCUAUAUGUGGAGAUAUUAAAGAAAUGUUCCACCAAGUGAGAAUACGGCCCGAAGACCAGCAUGCUCAAAGGUUUCUAUGGAGAAAUUGUGAGACCAAUCGAGAUCCCGACAUAUAUCUUAUGCAAGUAAUGACCUUCGGCUCCACGUGUUCUCCGUCCUGUGCUCAAGCAGCGAAAAAUUCGAAUGCAGAUGAUUUUCAAGAACGCUAUCCAGAGGCAGCGUAUGUUAUAACUAACCAACAUUACGUUGACGAUUGCGUUGAGAGUUUCGACAACACUGCAACCGCGAUAAAGGUGAUAAACGAAGUCAUAUCAAUUCAUGAAAGGGGUGGAUUCCACAUAAGGAACUUCAUUUCUAACAGCAACACGCUGCUACGAGGAUUGCCGUCCGAUAGGGUUUUGACAAGUGAAGUAAAACUCUUUAAUGGAAAAGACGACCAAACAGAAAAGGUGCUUGGAGUGUACUGGAACACGAACACCGACACCAUAGGAUACAUGGUAAACAUGAAUAAAUUGGAAGCAGAAGUGUUGCAAAAUCUAAGACGGCCCACAUGGCGCGAAGUAAUGGCAUUUGUAUUGAGUGUUUACGAUCCUCUCGGACUGAUCGCUCACAUUACCAUACAAGGGAAAACAAUACUACAAGAGGUACACAAAACCACCACUAAUUGGGACGAGGAAAUUCCCCACACACGACUUCCUGCGUGGAACUCUUGGUUAGAGAAACUAAAACAGGCAGAAAAUAUAAGCAUUCCUAGGUACGUCCAGGUAGACAACGCAGUACAUACCGAGCUUCAUGUUUUUGUCGACGCUUCUGAGCUCGCAUACAGUGCCUGUGUAUAUAUAAAAAGUGUAGGCACUAGCACCAAAAUCAGUCUGCUAACGGCUAAGUCACGCGUCGCUCCCAUAAAGGCACUCUCUAUACCUCGUCUCGAACUACAGGCUGCGGUCCUAGGAACAAGAUUGCUCGACACGGUCAAACGUGAGCUAAGAAUAUCAAUAAAUCGAAGCGUUCUGUGGAGCGACUCCCAGACAGUAUUAUCGUGGAUUCAAUCCAAUCAUAGAGAUUACAAGGUAUUCGUAGCUCACAGGGUUGGAGAAAUAUUAAGCUCAACGACUACGGACCAGUGGAGAUACGUGCCCACGAAACUAAAUCCAGCAGACGCCGCUACUAAACCCUCGUCAGGAAAUACAAACUGGUUAAGUGGACCACAGUUUUUGAACGACCCUGAGAAAAUGUGGCCCCAACAAAUGACACGGAAACGAACCAAUGAGGAGAUAAGAAAUUUCAUACUCUUGCAUACCAAUCCCGUCACGCAUUGGUUCUUCCGUGAAAACUAUUAUAGCUCAUGGUGGAGAUUACUGUCUCACCUAUGUAUACUGAAUAGAGUAGCCGAGAAAUAUUGGUUUAAAAAAUUAGGACGCCCUCUACCUUCGUCCUGGAUAACUGUUGAGGACAGAACAUCGGUCGAAAACGCCUUAUAUCGAAAGGCGCAAUGGGAUUCAUUUCCUGACGAAAUGGCAUGCCUUCUGAGAGGACGCCUUAUUCCUCAAACUAGUAAAUUAGCACCGCUAAUGCCAUAUCUCGACGAUUACGGCGUAAUAAGGUCCAGAAGCCGUUUAGUCUACGGCUCCGAGUUACUUGAAACCAUGAGGAAACCGAUUAUCUUACCGCCCACCCAUAGAAUUACACAGCUACUGGUGCGGGACGCGCACGAGCGGUAUCAUCACACAGCGUUCAACGUAGUCAUGGGCGUACUACAAGAAAGGUACCAUAUAACGCGCCUUAGAGGUGUACUAAAUAACGUUCUUAAGAAAUGCCAACAAUGCGCGAACCAACGAGCCCAACCUCAGGCACCAGAGAUGGCGCCCCUCCCAGACAGCCGAAUAACACCACAUCUACCAACCUUUACGCAUUGCGGUGUGGACUAUUUUGGCCCAUAUGAAGUAGCUAUACGGAGGAAAUCCAUCGAAAAACGGUGGGGUGUAAUCUUCACUUGUUUGGCCUCCAGAGCAGUGCAUAUAGAAAUGGUCGAGAAGCUAGACUCAGACUGCUUCAUCCGCUGCUUCCAGGAUUUCACCAGCAGAAGGGGACAAGUAACACACUUGUACAGCGACAACGGGACGAACUUCGUAGGCGCCGAGAAAGAAAUGAAAAUUCAGCUGGAUAAAAUUAACGUCAAACUGGGACCACUCGAAGCCGCGAAACUCAAAAUUAAAUGGACGUUCAAUCCACCCAAUGCACCACACUUUGGUGGAGCAUGGGAAAGACUUAUCGGAAUUAUUAAGAACGCAUUAAAACACAUGCUUACAUAUUGGGUGAACAGACCCUCACCUGAGGUGUUGAGAUCAGCUUUAAUACGAGCUGAAUUUAUCCUAAAUUCGAGACCUCUCACCGAUAUUCCGAUCAACGAGACAGAAGAAGGUCCCCUAACGCCGUUCCACUUCCUACUGGGCCGGCCGGGCGAAAGUACGCCCCCAUAUGACAUAGAACCGUCGCCGUACACCGCAAAAACUUACGUAAAAAUCCAACAAGCUGCGAAGUAUUUUUGGGAUAGAUGGAAAAAUGAGUACCUACCAACUCAAAUCAAAAGGUCAAAAUGGACCAAGGACGUUAUUCCAUUGAAGGUAGACGACAUCGUCGUGACCGCCCUCGACAAUAAGAUAACCGGAAGGUGGCUCAAGGGUCGGGUUACAGAGGUAUUCACCGGAAAAGAUAACAGGGUACGAUCUGUUAAGAUCAACACAAUACAGGGAGACUUCACACGCCCGGUAGUAAAAGUCGCCAAAUUGGACCUGGAACCUAAGGAUCUGGACGCGCAAGAAUCCACAGACGAUUUGGCACUUAAGGAACGCCUUCGUAUCAAGGAUCGACGAACAAUACCAGAACCGACAGCGCAUGCAUCAAACACCAGACGUGUUAGUAAAAGACAGCAGAUACUCGCCGACGCAUCCGUCAAUUUCGGGAAAAGGAGAUCUCUGGACAUCGACCGAAUUCAGGAAUUAGCCAGGAAAGUCAACGUCACCACGAAGAAAAGGCGUAAAACAGGAACCUUUAUCCCAAUAAAACCUAAACUACAGAAGAAGCUUUAACCCGUCGUAGUAUUUAACAAUAACGGAUUAAAUUAUAUAGCUUAAGGCUAGGGAAUGAUAUUAUAUGAAUGAUUCGUAAUAAAGACGAAUGAAGUGUAGCACAAACCUAUAAAUGAUUAAACACAGAAUAGGAAUAAAUUGAUUUGCAUUUGAAAUAGCAAAGAUGAAUCUGAAGGCAGAGUGGCCAAUAGAUUGUAACGAAUCGAACGAAUUUAUAACAAACCAUGUAUGAAGAAUAAACGGAAGUCAUCCGCUCAUAGCAAACGAAUUGCAUUGUAUAACUUCAGGUUAGGAAAUUGAAUGUAAGAAAAACAUAAUAUUGAAAAGAGAAUAUAAGAUGAAACAAUUGCGAAUUAUACAGUAAUAAAAGAUACAGCAUCAGAAGCAUAGAAGAAAAAAUUAUUAGAAACAGAUGCGGCGUAGCUCAAUUGGUAAAUCUGCCUUACGCGAUUUACGAGGGCCGGUAUGUCGCCGCACGGAUCAUGCCUUUAGAGCGUGAUUCAUGGCGAGAACGAUAGAGCGGAUGCUUAGAUCGCGCUCUAUCCUAAAUACACAGAAUAGCUUGCGCAGUGGCUUUAUCGUAACUAAUGAGGUUUUUCCGAAGUGCGAUUAUUGCUAGCUGAAAACCUAAAUAUCAUAAAACUCCUCCGGCCAGCGAUAACCCGCCGGGAAGGAGAACAAAACAAAAAUAAGCAAAACGACGUAAUGUGUUUACGAUCAGAGCCUAUCUCCGAUCGUAAAUACCGAAGGACGGGAGAAAUCCCAAAAAGAGAGCACUAUGGGUGCUAUAAACGGAGCCUAUCUCCGAGCUAGGACAAUAAGUAAUAAAACGGAGAGGAAAAGAUAACACGCCUGCGAGCGUGUUAAUAAUCAUCCCUCGUUCGCCCGUCUGGCUUAGAAUAAAUAAUUGUAAUUUUCUCUCUCUUAUGCUACGCCCUUCUGGGGUAGAUAAGAAGGCAAUGUCUGUAUAUAAGAGAAAACUUGAACAGAAUAAACGCACUCUCAACUGGACACUCUCAACCAUACCACGGACGUAGGAGCGUCGUGGCGAAGUACCGAACCCCUCUUUUUUUGUCAUAAACGUAUCACAACCCUGGACAUCGCCCGAGCAUCCUGGACACCAUCGGGAGCACCCUGGACAUCACCGCCGGCAGAUCCCAGCGCAACAAGCGCUGGACUUCAAGGACGUACACUGCAUUAAGGCUCUCUAUUGCUCAUUGGUACGCUCGAUCCUUGAAUAUGCAUGCGUGGUUUGGUCACCGUAUUACCAGAAUAAUGUUCAGCGAAUUGAGUCGAUACAGCGAAAAUUCGUUCGUUUCGCCUUGCGCAAUUUACCGUGGAAUGAUCCAAUAAACCUACCUAGAUACGAGGAUCGCUGCAAAUUGAUUGGACUGGACUCAUUAGCUUCACGCAGGAACGUUGCCAAGGCCCUAUUUACCUCCGACUUGAUUUUGUCGAACAUCGAUUGUCCUGAGCUCCUUCGGUUGAUUAAUUUCAACAUAAAUCGCCGUAAUUUACGAUCUCAGAACUAUUUAUACAUCCCAUCAACCCGAACAAAUUACGGGCAUAAUGAACCUAUAUCUAGCAUGUGCCGCGUAUUUAACCGUUGUAGUGUCUGUUUCGAUUUCCAUCUGUCUCGUUCGUCCCUCAAAAAAAUGUAUUCUAUUGCUCUUAAUUAACUUGAUUAGUUACAGUAGUAUAUAUUUACAUAGUUGUAGUUUGUAGUGGUAGUAUUAUAAGUAGUAGUAGU